AUGGCCACUUUCUUUCAGAGCGUUCGCCAAGGGUUUGGCCGGGGAGGAAACAACAAGAACAACCCUCCCAAGAGCCCUGUCCAGGCUCAAGCUCCCGCCAUGCCGAACUCGCAUUCGCUCUCGAACAGCCUUACGAUCGAUAACUUCGCCGCUAAUGACCCCGAUGCCCCUAAGUACUUCUUCCAGGAGAAGUAUGCCCCGCUGAACGUGAGGGGUAACUUCCUAACCUUGUGUGCUUGCCCGAAGAAUGUGGAACUGGGCGAGUGGCUGGCUCAUCAAAUUGUCGAACAAUACCGCCUCCUCCACGGCAUGCUUCAGGUUAUUCAAGAAGUGAACUCGGUGAAUGGAUUUCCGAUUUGCAAUGAACAGACAUGCCCGACAAUGUCUGCUGGUCGAUUGACCUACACCUGGCUGGUCGAUGGUCGCGCAGCUAAGAUCUCCGCGCCCAAGUUUAUCAACCGAGUCGAGAAGUGGAUUGUCAGCAAGAUCCACGACCCUGUCAUGUUCCCUACCGAAAAGGUGGCCUGUACCCCCGAGACCUCUGCCACCCGAGACGCCGCCGCCGCCACCGGAGCCCCUACCACUCCCGCCGACAGCAACCCUAUGAAUAACACCUCGACGGACGAAUGGAUUGGCAAGUCAAGUGGGUUCCCCCAGACUUUCUACAAGGACUGCCAGGGCAUUAUGAAGCAGAUGUUCCGCUGCUACGCGCAUCUGUACCACGCCCACUGGUUGAACCCAUUCUGGCACAUCAACAAGCACGAUAUUCUGAACAUGUGCUUUGUUCACUUCGUGACUGUUGCCAAGUACUACCAGCUCGUCUCCGACAAGGAGAUGGAGCCGAUGCAGCCCCUGAUCGACCUGUUCAUCAAGCAGCAGCGGGUCCCGCCUGAGGCGCUGAAUGGCGGUCACUGGGCUCAGCAGACGACCAACUAA